GUCGCAGUUCCCUUUACUGAACAGUUUGAUGGGGCAUCGGGCGGAUGACAGCGGGAACGGUUGUGAUCACGGGCGGAAUCCUCGCGACGGUCAUCCUCCUCUGCAUCAUCGCUGUCCUGUGCUACUGUAGGCUCCAGUAUUACUGCUGCAAGAAGAGUGGAGCCGAGGAUGCAGAUGAAGAGGAAGAGGAUCACGGCCUGCCCACACCCCCCAGAGGCCCUCCCUGCAAUGCCUGCAGCUCCCAAGCCAUGGAUGGCCCAGGCAGCCUGGUGCCCCUCACCAGAGAGCCCUGUGGGGUGGCCGCUGGCCACUGCACCACCUGCUCCCCAUACAGCUCCCCCUUUUACAUACAGACGGCUGACAUGGUGCCCAAUGGGGGUGGAGGUGAGAGGCUCUCCUUUGUUCCCACAUACUACAAGGAGGGGGGGCCCGUAUCCUUCAAGUUGGCAGCGCCCCAGAGUUACCCGGUGACGUGGCCAGGCUCUGGGCGUGAGGCCUACACCAAUCCAAGGGCUAUUAGCACGGAUGUGUAACCCCUGUCUCCCACCCCCACAGCUCCCCCCACACCAAUGCUGCUGCCACAGCAGGAGCAACAGGACAGUGAUGGACGCCCACCCAGAGCCCACAGGCCUCUCUGUCUCCGUUUCUCUGACUUUUCUUGCCCCACAGUGGAGAGUGCACUGGG